AUCCGCCUUCAGCAACGCCGCAUCUUACUCGCCGGCGGCUAUAAUCAUGGCUGAUAGGAGAAACAGGUGCAACCAGGUGCUCCUUUUAGCAUAUCAGAGUUUUGGCUUAGUGUUUGGAGAUUUGAGUAUUUCUCCUCUCUACGUGUAUAAAUGUACAUUCUACGGGGGAUUGAAACAUCACCAAACAGAAGAUGCGAUAUUUGGCGCCUUUUCUUUGAUAUUUUGGACCAUAACUCUCCUUUCACUCAUCAAGUACAUGAUGACAAUGGUGAAGGAGGGAUCUUCGCUUUGUAUGCUUUGCUCUGUAGACACGCGAGAUUUUCUUUGCUUCCAAAUCAGCAAGCGGCUGAUGAGGAAAUCUCUACAUACUAUGGCCCUGGAGAUGCAACUAGGAAUUUGCAUAGCUCUGCUUUCAAAAGCCUUA